UCUCAGAAUCCAGCCGUUGCAAUUACCUUUCUAAUUCAUUCGUAGUUUAGACCAAUACUUUUGCUCUAAACUUCAGAUUUCCUCUCUUAUAAUAGUUUUAAUUAGUUUUCUAUCCUCUAGCACAAAAUAGUUUCACCGUGCUUUCGAAAAAUGAAGCUUCGAACGCGAAUUCCAUCACGAGCGAGGGCUUCAAUGCUCGCCUUACCAGAAGAAGUUAUCCUUCUUAUCCUAAAGCGUUUUACAGCGCAUGAAUUGAUGGAUCUUAGAAUGGUUUGUUCCAGACUCAAGUUACUCGUAGACGAAUCAUCUAGUCUCUGGAUUUCAGCUUCUUUCCUCGGAGUUUGGCCAUCACUCAAAAAUCUGCCUCUUCUACAAAGGGCUGCAAAUUUGGGAAAUCCAGAGGCUCUUAUCAAGCUCGGACUCGCUCAUUUGUAUAACGAAGGAAUUUCAGAAAAUGGAGAGAAAGGUGUCAACGCAAAAGAAAAUGGUCGUCUUGCGGCAGAAUUCUUUUUUAAAGCAGAAAGCAUCAUUCAAAAUGGUGCGCCAUUCACAUGGUUUUUUGUGCGUCCUCCUUGGGCACCUUCUGGUGUGUGCUGUAAAUCCUGUGUCUUCAAUAGUAUGGUGGAGCUGUGUUCAGAUCCUGUGGUCAAUAGCUCAAUGUUGUACAGUGUAGGAAAAAUACUUAGUUUGCAUGAGGAUGCAAAGAAAAAGGAAGAGAGUCUACAGUGGCUGAAAAAUGCUGCAAACCAAGGGUCUUGCCAUGCUGCAUAUGAUCUAUGGAAACUGAGAUUUUGUGAAGGUCCAAUGGAACCUUACUCAAAACUGGAGAGACUUAGAGAACUGCGAGACUGUGCUAUAGCCAGUCAUCCUGAUGCUCAACUUACUCUAGCCCUUGAAUAUGCGAGAGGAAAUCUGGGUGGGGUCACUAAAACACAAGUGGCAGAGUUUAUAUCACAGUUUGUCUCAAGAUCAAGGCCACUUAAUAGCCACAAGCUCUUCAACUUUCAAACUGAACUCAACAGCACAAUGAGAUAUAUCUUAGUUGACUGGCUUGUAGAAGUAGCUGUAAUGAAGGAUUUUCCUAGUCAGAUAGUUCACAUUGCUGUUAGCUGUGUAGAUAAAUAUUUAAUGCCGUGCAAAGUGCAGAGAUCAGAGUUGCAACUUCUUGGAAUCACCUGCAUGUUAAUUGCAGCAAGAUUUCAAGGAACAGAUAUUGUUACCAUAAGGGAAGCUGCCUGGUUGACUGACGGCACCUACAAGUACGAAGAAGUAGUAAGAAUGAUGGGUGAGGUGAUGUCCUCUAUCAAGGGUCAAGUCAGAGUCCUCACCAUUCCUGAUUUUCUUCAGCUGUUUUGUUCACUAGCAGCAGUGAGUCAAAAGACUGAAUGUAUUGCUCGGUAUGUGGCAGAUUUGUCCAUUCUUCAUACAGAAUGUGGAAGGUUCUCACCAGCUGUUAUGGCUGCAUCAUCAGUUUUGUUGGCAAAUGCAAUUCAACAAAUUGCGACUCCAUGGGCACCACACAUGCAUGAAAUUACUGGCCUCAGUCCAGCGGAUCUUUUGGAUUGUACCAUUCAUUUACACCAACAAUGUCUGGUGGAUGAUUGCCCAACAGAUCAUAGAAAUGUUAAGCUGAAAGCUAUUAAACAAAGAUAUUCAGAUGAAAGGUUCAUGAAAGUUAGCGAAAUAAAGGUUCCCAACCGCGAAGAGUUACGUCGUUGUCUCCGUCCCGUGGUCCUCCAUUCCGAGGCGCUCUGUGGAAAACGCUCCGUUUGCGGCCAGGCAGUGGUGAAGCAUCCUGGGCAUGCGCAGCAUCUCAAUGCUGACGACAGCAUUUUGAAUACGAGUAUUAGCAGUUUGUCUGAGAGUGGUUACGAGGGCGAUAUGGAAGAUGAAGGUGAACAUAACAUUGACGAUCCCCUUCUUGACGAGGAAUUGUUUAGUGAGCUAGCUGAUGGUGAACACGCCAUGUUAAACAAGCAGUCUAGGGACUCUUCCUUCCUUAAAUGGGAAGAGUUUCCGAGAACGAGCUCAACGCCGAGUAUUCUUCACCCACCUGGCUUUCAAAAUGGAUUUGAUUUUGAAGUGCAAGACAUGGAGACAGACUCAGAACCCGUGAAUAUAGACAAUGGUAUUCACAGUGCGCGCGAAGUGUGCGUGCCAGUGGUUCUAGACGCAGAUGAAAAUAUGGAGUUGGGGGAAAUUUUUGUUAAACAAGCGGCUUCAAGUCUGGGGCGAAGGCCUUUAAGAUGUAUCGAGAAUAACAACGUCCCCUCUGGAGCUCCUAUUUCUUUGAAAUCCCAACGAAGAACUUCUGGCUGGAGUAAUUCUGUCGCUCAAUGAACUUGCCUUUGUGCCUAGUAUCUUAGCCUUUUUCUUUAUCUUUGCUCUUCCAUAUGGCUCGAAUCCUUUGUUUCCAAGCCUCGGAUUUUAAAAUUUUACGAUUACAUGGAAGAAUCCUAGUAAAAUAAUCUCAAGCGUAUGUCUGUCGAAAAUACAAAUCUAUUGGUUGUACAGUUUUAACCCCAUAUAUCAAUUUUAUUCCAACAUCUUUCGAGUGAAAAUUAUAUUAUAUAUAUUCAAGGAAUUAUAACCUACAUGUUGGCAUACUCAACAUUCUACAGUCCUCAAGGUUUCUGUUUUUUUUUUUGUUUGUUUUUUUUUCCUCGCACUCUGGACCAGUCCCCAAGUUUGAUAACGAAACUAAGAGGACUGAUAAGAAAGUUGAAAAUGCCGUUAUUUAAAUUGUACAGAAACAAAAAUUGCACAUAGUUUCUAAUUUAUAUCUUUUAGAGUGUUGCCGUUUUGGUGUAAAGGCUUGCUAGAAAAUUAACGGGAGAAUUGAUUGCGCAAAUGCUUAUGGUGUGACUCAUCGGAAGUGUCUAAAAAAAUAAAGUUA